GUUGUAGCUGACCGAGUCGAGCACAGAGGCGGACACGCGCAUUAUCACAUCAUUUAUACUACUGCUGCUGCAAACCAAGUCAAAGUCAGCGUCGGAGUAUAGCUUUUAAGCGUGAUUUAUUUCUCUCCAGGUGGAAUAGUCUGUGUCUUAUAUUUACAAUUCAAUAAUAUAUAAUCUACACGAAAAGAAAAACAAGACACACCACUACUGCUGCUUCUUCUGCCACCUCUGUGACCGAGGAGGGCAUCCACCACCCCGAGGAGGACACCCACAACCACCUAAUAGCCUCUGUGACCGAGGAGGACACCCACCACCCAGUCGACACUGUGACGGAGGAGGGCACCCAGCACCCCGCACCCCGCACCCAGCACCACCCAGGGCCGAGCAGCAGCAGCAAGCAGCAGCUGCAGCUUUUCAGCCAACCAUUAGCAGCUAAGUGGCUAACACAAUAAAACAGGUCUGACUUACUCUUUUUUUUUUAACCAUCAUGAUGAUAACCACGGAGCUGUGUUUCACCUUUACACCCCAACGUUCCCACUUGUAAUGGAAAACCACCAGUGAUCAAAGAGGGAAAAUAUAUCCUGGAUGCCGUGACACACAGGACGUGGUCAAUCCAAGAUGGAGAAAAAGAAAAUGUGCCCUCGCCUUCUCGACUACCUGGUCGUGGUCGGAGCAAGGCAACCAAGUAGUGAUAGUGUGGCUCAGACCCCACAACUCCUCCGCCGCUACCCACUGGAAGACCACCAUGACUUCCCGCUCCCACCAGACGUGGUGUUCUUCUGCCAACCAGAGGGCUGCCUGAGUAUACGCCAGCGUAGGGUUAGCCUCCGCGACGACUCCUCAUUUGUUUUCACUCUGACCGACAAGGACUCAGGAACCACUCGCUACGGAAUCUGCGUCAACUUCUACCGCUCUUUCCAGCGAGGGCAUCACCGUUCCCGUGGCGACAAGAGCAGUCACACAGAGACAGCAGCACAAGGGGCAGAGACCACAAGCGAGGGGCACGACGGCAGCGGCGGAGCCCCGGCCUCCACGUUAGCGCCACCUAACAAUGCCGAGUCAGCUGCGCCUCCGCCCACUUCCGGAGAAGAGACCGGACAACCAGGCGAGCAAAAUGCCGGAAAAUCCCCACAGCACAGACGGAGCGCUGCUAAGAUGGCAAACAGGAACCGCAACAGCACGCUGACAUCGCUGUGCAUACUCAGCCACUACCCUUUCUUCUCCACCUUCAGGGAAUGCUUAUAUAUUCUCAAGAGGCUGGUGGACUGCUGCAGCCAGAGGCUAACGCAGCGUGCUGGGCUCCCCCGUGCCACCCAAAGGGACACCAUGUGGCGGGUGUUUACUGGGGCGCUCUCUGUGGAGGAGAAAGGCAGCCAGCUGCUGGCAGACCUGCGGGAGAUCGAAUCCUGGGUGUACCGGCUGCUGCGCUCACCUGUGCCAGUGGCAGGCCAAAGGCGUGUGGAUGUGGAAAUGCUGCCCCACGAACUCAAACGGCCCCUCACCUUUGCACUGCCUGACAACUCCCGCUUCUCCAUGGUCGACUUCCCGCUGCACCUGCCCCUGGAGCUACUGGGUGUGGACGCUUGUCUUCAGGUUCUCAGCUGUGUCCUGCUAGAGCACAAAGUUAUUCUGCAGUCCAGGGAUUACAAUGCUUUGUCUAUGAGUGUAAUGGCCUUUGUAGCCAUGAUCUACCCUCUGGAGUAUAUGUUCCCCGUCAUCCCCCUACUGCCAACAUGCAUGGCCUCUGCUGAGCAGCUCCUUCUUGCCCCCACUCCCUACAUUAUAGGUGUGCCAGCCAGCUUCUUCCUCUACAAAGCUGACUUCAAAAUGCCAGAUGAUCUGUGGCUCGUGGACCUUGACAGCAGCAAGGUUAUAGCACCCACCAAUGCAGAGAUUCUACCACCUCUUCCAGAGCCUGAAGCCGGCGAGCUUAAGAAACAUUUGAAGCAGUGUCUGGUUAGGUUGACCGUGAUCACCCAAAAGCAGAUCUUCUCCUCUGAAAAUAAGGCCUUGGCCAGCAUGAGUUUGAACACCCAACCCAUCCUGAACCUGGAGAAAUUCCAGGAAGGUCAGGAGAUCCCGCUGCUCCCACCUGGGCGAGAUAAAGCUUCACCAUCCUCCACCGAGUUCAAUCCCCUGAUUUAUGGCAACGAUGUUGAUUCCGUGGAUGUCGCCACCAGGGUCGCCAUGGUACGGUUCUUCAACUCCCCAAAUGUUCUCCAGGGGUUUCAGAUGCACACUCGCACCUUGCGUCUCUUCCCCCGCCCUGUGGUGGCUUUUCAGUCGUCGUCUUUUCUCGCAUCUCGGCCACGGCGCUCUUGCUUUGCAGAUAAACUGUCUCACACCCAGGCAGUGGAGUUCUAUGGAGAGUGGGCUCUCAAUCCCACCAACCUCGCCUUUCAGAGGAUACAUAACAAUGUGUUUGACCCCUCCUUAAUCGGCGACAAACCCAAGUGGUAUGCUCACCAGCUACAGCCGGUAGUCUACCGGGUGUACGAUGGAAGCUCCCAGCUGGUUGAAGCUAUGGCUGGUCCUUUAGAAGAUGAGGGCAAUGACUCUGACCCCACAGACAGUGGUAGUGACAGCGAGGCGUACGAUGAUUCCAGUUCUUCCUACUCUUCACUUGGAGACCUUGUGAGUGAGAUGAUCCAAGGAGACAUCCAGGGAGACACACCGAGUUUAGAACCACAUACCCAUGCUGCACUAGGAGAUGCAAGCGAGGUUGAGUUUCAAGAUUUCCAGGACCUCCGGGAAGGUCAAGGCUCAGACGGUCCACCCAGUGGCGAAGGACCUACUGAACCUUCUGAUGGACAACCUCUUCGCUCAAGCUCCAGCACCACUGCAAGCUCAAGUCCCAGCACAAUCAUCCAGGGAGUCAACCAUGAGCAAGGGGAGGCACCUGAACUUGAGGCAAUAGCAGGUGCUGCCAUACAGAACCCUGUCCCAGGACUGGGCAGCCAGCCAUUCCUCAGAGCCACAGCUGAUGCUGGCCUGGUAGACCCAGCCAACAAAAAACAAGAGUAUGAUAACCCAUACUUUGAGCCUCAGUAUGGCUUCCCCUCUGAGGAUGACCCUGAUGCAGAAGAGCAAGUGGAGUCAUACACCCCUCGAUUCAACCAGAACCUCAAUGGCAACAAGGCACAGCGUCCUUUGCGUCCCUGUAGUCUGAGGCUUCCUGGGGAGUCUGACGGGGAGGGAGAUUCCCGCAACAGCUCGCCAAACUCCACUAUUUCCAACAGCAGCAAUGAUGGAUUUGGAGGACUCAUGUCUUUUGCUAGCAAUCUUUACAAGAACCACGGCACCAGUUUCAGUCUGUCCAACCUCGCUCUUCCCAACAAAGCAGCGAGGGAGAAAUCAACACCUUUCCCAAGUCUAAAAGGCGCACGUGCACCCCGAGCUCUUGUGGAUCAGAAGUCCUCUGUAAUCAAGCACAGUCCAACAGUGAAGAGAGAGUCUCCCUCUCCUCAGGGUCGCGUCAACAACACAAGUGAGAACCAGCAGUUCUUGAAGGAAGUGGUGCAGAGUGUCCUGGAUGGACAGGGAGUCGGCUGGCUCAACAUGAAAAAAGUGCGCCGCCUGCUGGAGAACGAGCAGCUCCGUGUCUUUGUACUCAGUAAGCUGAACAGAGCCGUGCAGUCAGAGGAAGAUGCCAGACAGGAGAUCAUACGUGAUGUGGAGGUGAGCAGAAAGGUGUACAAAGGCAUGCUGGACAUCUUGAAGUGCACAGUGUCCAGUCUGGAGCACUCCUACACUAACGCAGGCCUUGGAGGAAUGGCUAGUGUUUUCAGCUUAUUGGAAAUAGCCCGCACACAUUAUCAAACCAAAGACCCUGAAAAACGCAAGCGAAGCCCCACAGACAGUGCUGGAAGCCCAGGAAGUAAAGAGAGUCCUUCUGGUCGUAUGGAGACUGCCAGACCUCAGGGCCUUCUGAAUAUUCCUCACCUGCAGCUGCCUCACCACGCAACUGGCAGAGGAACCCGCCAUUUUGAUACCCGGAGUCUGAACGAGGAGAACUUUAUUGCCUCGAUUGGGUCUGAAGGAGCAAAGCAGCAGCGCCCCCAGGUGACUGAUGCAGAGGAGAAGAAAUCUCAGAUUAGUGCUGAUAGUGGCCUCAGUGUCACAUCUGGAUCUCAGAAGAGCGACACAGAGUCCGUAACAAGCUCAGAGCCACCGAUCCUGACGAGAAGCACCAGCCAGGAUUCAGAGGCGAGCACAGUGAUAAGCAAUAGCUCUGGAGAGACUCUGGGAGCUGACAGUGACCUGAGCAGCACAGCAGGAGACGGCCUUGGGAGAACUUCUGCUCAUUUAAAUCAGUCCAGAGGGACGCUUUCUGACAGUGAGAUUGAAACCAACCCGGCCACCAGUGCAGUGUUUGGUAAAACCCACACACUGAAACCUGGUGCAAAAGAUCAUUUACCUCCUAUGGCAAAGGCACCGCCUCCUCAACCCAUGGAGGACAUCAGUAUGAGGAUCUACCUUUGUGAAGGCCUGCUGGGUAAGGAGCGAUCCACACUGUGGGACCAGGUGCAGUUCUGGGAGGACGCCUAUUUAGACGCGGUCAUGUUGGAGCGAGAGGGGAUGGGGAUGGACCAGGGACCUCAGGAAAUGAUCGAAAGAUAUCUGUCACUGGGUGAUCAUGACCGCAAGCGUCUGGAAGAUGACGAGGACAGACUUCUGGCUACCCUGCUGCACAAUAUGAUAGCGUACAUGCUAAUGAUGAAAGUGGGCAAAAAUGACAUCCGCAAGAAAGUGAGGCGUUUGAUGGGGAAGUCCCACAUCGGCCUCACAUACAGCCAAGAGGUCAAUGAGUUGCUGGACAAACUGGCCCAAAUGAACGGUCGUGAGCUAUCCAUCAGGCCCAGCGGGAGCCGUCACAUCAAGAAGCAAACAUUUGUUGUUCAUGCUGGCACUGACACCACCGGAGACAUCUUUUUCAUGGAGGUGUGCGAUGACUGCAUAGUCCUGCGCAGCAACAUCGGCACAGUAUACGAGCGCUGGUGGUACGAGAAGCUCAUCAACAUGACUUACUGCCCCAAGACCAAGGUGCUGUGUCUCUGGAGACGCAACGGCCAAGAGACACAACUCAACAAGUUUUACACCAAAAAGUGUCGUGAACUGUACUACUGUGUUAAAGACAGUAUGGAACGAGCUGCAGCGAGACAGCAAAGCAUCAAACCAGGUCCUGAGCUGGGCGGAGAGUUCCCGGUCCAGGACAUGAAAACUGGUGAAGGGGGACUGCUGCAAGUCACGCUGGAAGGAAUCAACCUGAAAUUCAUGCACAGCCAGGUUUUCAUAGAGCUGAGUCACAUUAAAAAGUGCAAUACAGUGAAGGGAGUCUUUGUCCUGGAGGAAUUUGUUCCUGAAACUAAAGAAGUGGUGAUCCACAAGUACAAGACCCCCAUGGCACAUCAGAUCUGUUACUCGGUCCUCUGCCUUUUCUCCUACGUGGCGGCAGUGAAGGGGAAGGAGGCGGAAGGAAAACCCAAGAUUCUGUCACCGAGACCCCUUCCUAGCUAGUCUACACCUCGCUCCUUGCUCCCUCUCUCCCCUUUCUCCCCCACCUUCCCCCCUCCCCCUUCACCUCUCUCUCCGUCCUCAGCGUGCCUCUCUACUUGAAAUGGCAUCUAAGCUCUUAAACCACAGACUUCUGACAAUCCCUAACUUUAUUCGAAGCACACAAAUCCCGCUCCCCUUGUUACCCCCCCCCCC